CGCCCGCGCCGCCCUCCAGCCCGGGGGCCGCGCCUCGGAACUGACACCCGGGUCCCUCGGCGGCGCGCGCGGGUGUGACCGCUUGUGUGUUUAACAGCGGACACUCUCCAGGGACCCGGGGCGCCCGCGCCUGGACCCUUCCUCCUUGUGGCGGCGGGCCAAGACGGCCUGGCCUCAGUUUCCCUUGACUUUUCUCCUCUCAGUCCUCCGGGACUCCUGCCAGUCAUUGUUCUCGCUGCAAACGGGAGUGCUCCGCGAACCUGCCAAGUCGGGGUGUGCUCUCGUUAUUCCACGUUCCAAACGGAGCCAGGCCUCUCGGUCUAACCCCGGACCCCCGGCCCUCUGCCCCCCCCCCCACUUCAAGACCAGCACCGCUUUCCAUCCUUUCCAGUGGUGUUUUAUUGUACGCGAGCCACGCCCUGGUUUCUUAAAGGCGCCUCGCACUCUGUUUGGCCACGUGUUGUUGCUGCAGCCGGGUCGGGACCGCCUUUUGUGAAUCCCCUGCCUUCCCCUCCCAUCUCCGCCAAGGACUUGGGGAUGCCUGUGGGGAAGAAGGUAGUCGGGACCGGCAGCGGCGGGGCUGCCCCCACUGCCGCUGCUGCUGCCGCCUCCACCGGGAUCCGGCGUUUGGCGACCAGCGAAGAGGCCUCGGCCCAGAGAGAUGAGCCCGAAGAUGAAGGGGAGGAGGACCUUCGAGAUGGAGGUGUCCCCUUCUUUGUCAACCGGGGAGGGCUACCUGUGGACGAGGCCACCUGGGAAAGGAUGUGGAAGCACGUGGCCAAGAUCCACCCCGAUGGAGAGAAAGUGGCGCAGCGGAUCCGCGGAGCCACCGACCUGCCCAAGAUUCCCAUACCAAGUGUGCCUACGUUCCAGUCUUCUACGCCCAUCCCCGAGCGCCUGGAGGCCGUGCAGCGCUACAUCAGGGAGCUGCAGUACAAUCACACAGGGACACAGUUCUUUGAAAUUAAGAAGAGCAGGCCUCUGACCGGGCUGAUGGACCUGGCCAAGGAAAUGACCAAAGAGGCCCUGCCAAUCAAAUGCCUGGAAGCUGUGAUCCUGGGAAUUUACCUCACCAACAGCAUGCCCACCCUGGAACGCUUCCCCAUCAGCUUCAAGACCUACUUCUCAGGGAACUACUUCCGGCACAUCGUGCUGGGGGUGAACUUGGGGGGCCGCUACGGGGCGCUGGGCAUGAGCCGGCGCGAGGACCUGAUGUACAAGGCGCCGGCCUUCCGCACGCUCAGCGAGCUGGUGCUGGACUACGAGGCCGCCUAUGGCCGCUGCUGGCACGUGCUCCAGAAGGUGAAGCUGGGCCAGUACGUGUCCCACGACCCGCACAGCGUGGAGCAGAUCGAGUGGAAGCAUUCGGUGCUGGACGUGGAGCGGCUGGGCCGCGACGACUUCCGCAAGGAGCUGGAGCGCCAUGCCCGCGACAUGCGCCUCAAGAUUGGCAAAGGGACGGGGCCUCCCUCGCCCACCAAGGACCGGAAGAAGGAUGUGUGCUCCCCACAGCGGAGCCAGUCCAGUCCGCAUCGCAGGAAUAGCCGUGGGGAGAGACGGCCUUCCGGGGAGAAGAAGCCACCUGAGCCCAAAGCCAUGCCAGACCUCAACGGGUACCAGAUCCGGGUGUGAGGCCGUGGCCGUUCCCCUGUUCCUGGGGGCCUGGACUCACUGGCCAGCUGGACCAGUCUCAUUCAUGGGGAAGCGGGGCGGAUAGGAGGGGUGUAUCAGGAGGUCUGUGUUCCAGCUCAGCCACUGCUCACACUGCUCCCUCGCUCACUGACCACACCCCCAACUUUGGACCCACAGGGGGUUGGUCUUUUGAGUUGUUUGUGCCCCAGCUGAGGCAUAUUUGGGAAAACUGUAUGAGUGGGUCUGCCAGUGGCCGAGGCCAGUACUUGGCCGCUCUGUGUGCCCUCGUGGGCUGGGUGAGGGGCUUCUGGAGCCUGGUACCUGGCCUCUCUGGGAUUUAGGUCUAGAUCAGGAGCCCUGGUGGCACCGUGAGUUAAACGCUGGGCUCUAGCCACCAGAGUUGCUCUUUGGGAGAAAGAUGUGGCUUUCAGUUUCCUUAAGGGGUACAGUCCUCAAAACCCUCUGGGGCAGUUCUACUCUGCCCUGUCAGGCCACUGGGGGUCAAGGUCGACUCAAGGGCAGCAGUCUGAUCUUUGGUUUUACCCAAUGGAAGCUGCCCUGGCCACACCAGGUCUGCAGUGGGGUUGGGUGGGGUGGGGAGGCAGCAUGGGUGUGUUCCUUCCAUCUGCCUGUCUUGGCAGAAUCUUGAUCUAAGGAAAGGGAAACAGGGUAGGAAUCUUCAGGAAAAGGCUGUAUCACCUCUAAAUCAGAGCUCAGUUUGGGGACACAUCUGCCCCAGGCGUGGGAGUCCCAGUCCCAAAGAAUCCCAAGCACCACCCACCUACCUGCCCUAUACACAGCAAUGCUGGGCUCAGUACUGCUUACUGGUUCUGCCCCAUGGUAGGGACACAGGGUGAAGCUGUCCCCAGAGCCCAGUGCUCCCACUGCCUUUACUUGCUUAGACCCAGCUCUGCAUGCAGCUGAGCCAAAGGGACCAGACUUCACAGAGGGACCCCAGGUUGCACUGGGGUUGCCCUGACUGUGGGAGGGGACAAUGAGCAGACUGGGGUGCGGCGACAGGAGCUGGGAUGGCUGGGGCUCAGGCCAGAGACUCUGCUGCUUCCCGGGCUAGUCCUGGCUGAUGAAAUUGCAAGAUGAGCCUCCUCAGUCAGCAGCCCGGCUUGGUUCCACAGUGGUGUGUCACCCGUCACAUGAAGCAUCUGGUCCGGGCCCCAGAACCUGAACCGCUGGAGUCAGGCACAGCCUGCCUGCAGGCUCACACCCCUGGUGGGAAGGGAGAGGCUGUGGGAGAGACCCUGAGAGCUAGCAGGGGUAGGGAGCACAGUGUAUGUCAAAAAGGGUUGGGGGAAGAGUUUAGGAUCAGGUUGCCUGGAGGGUGAUGAGUUCCCUGCCACAGGAGGUAAUCAAGCAAAGACGGAUUCAAGCUCUGGGAGGGUACCUGGGUGGGAUGACAUCGGGUUUGCACUGAGCGGCUUGGACUUACCCAGGGCCAGCUGUCAGGGUGAGAGAGGAGUCCAAGAUUGGGGCUGAAAAGGAAUGUGCCCUCUGGGCAGGCUGGCCAAGAGGAGGGCUUGGUGCGGGAGGACUGAGACGGGCAUAGAUCCCACUGCUACUGAGCUCUUCUCAAUCACCUGAUGCUUCAGACGGCAGAACUCUCCGAUUUAAUGUCAGUUCUCCUGACUUUUCCAAGUUGGCAAUCAAUUCAAAACAUGCUCAAACCCAGUACUGGCUGGUGCGUACGCACACACAUACACAAACACCAGUUUGCAAUCUCUGGAGUGGAGAGGGUAUGUGCUGGGAGAAGUCCUGUGGCCAGCACAGAGUGGGUGACUUGCUGGUACCUUGAACGGGAGGGGAGUGGUCCCUCAGCUGCCUGUGUACCCUUCAGGGAGGGUAGGACACAACUCGAGGGAAGGGAGAUGAGGGAAGACUGGGAGCUCAUGUCAGGGAGCUGCCCCUGAGACCAGAACCCUAAACGGACAGGCCCCACCAGCAGCUGUGUCCCAAAAGCCCGGUCCCUCUGCCCUCAGAUCUCCCCACCCCCACCCCCGAGCCAAGACCUCGGGUCUGUGGAGAUUCCCACAGGACCCAGCGGUGCUCUCUAACUUAUUUUCCAAUGUUUUCAGAUGUAGCAACCCCUCCUCACUUCCCCGUGUGUUUACACAGGUUCUGCUCCCUGGGGCUGGCCUGGCUGCAGGUGUCUUAGGGAAGCGGAGAGGCAGGGACUUCGGGGCCUUAGUCACUCACGAUCCUUGGUAUCACCUCAUCUCACUUCCUCUGAGGGACAGGGCUGUGACCCCAGCUCCCUGACUCGGGUCUGCUUCCAGCACGGAGUCAAAACAUGCAGACGGGGUCCAAGAAAGCUGCUUGGUGAAGGCGGCCCAGUGUCCCCAGAUGCCUGGCUCCUCGUGCAUGGAGCCCGGGUGAGAACACUGGGAAGCUGGACAAAGGGCCUUCCCUCCCACUUACUCAUUCCCCCUCACCCAUGUGCCAGACACCCCAUGCUUGCAAAGGCAGGGCCAGAGGGGUCAGCAGCAGCACCCAGCCCAGGGCUGCACAGAUAAACUGAGAGCAUGGGGAGACCAUGGAGCUCGGUCUGAGAAGAAAGCCGAGACAUUCAUCUCUGGUUCCCACCCUCUCGGGGUCACACCAUGCCUUACUCCUUUCAGCUGGAGCUGCCGGCCAGCCUGGGACUCAGUCUACCUCCGGCUGGUUGAGCGUGGACGCCGGAUGGCUCUCUCACCGAGCUACAGCUGCGUUC